CGAUAGAUGAUUUUCUUGUCAAGCUCUUUUCUAGAAUUUUGUGUGCCAUAACUUACAACCGAUUCGUGAGUCAAAAAGCAUAAAAAAGUCAGACAAAUGACAUAAUAAUGUCACUAGAUCAUAGUCCACAAUGCUCGGCGUGCAAAAUAUCAAAUUCUUUGAUGUGGAGGAGGGGAACUAACGGAGAAGUUCUUUGUAACAGUUGCCACUUGAAGCGUGUUAACUCGAGUAUUCGGACUCAAAGGCAAAGCUCGAAGGAAAGUAAGAAGCUUAUUGCAAGAAUAAAGGCAGGGACAAGAAAGGGUUGGAAUGGAAAGUCGGGUGAAAGAUCCAGAGGUCGUCGAACGCUGCAAAAGAUAAAGAGAAAGCCAUAUAAGUCACCAGAGGGGUUUGCAACUGUAAUAGCAGCAGACAGGAUUUACUUCAAGGGUAUUCUUUAUCAAGCUGGUGACGUGGUGUCCAUCGAAGACAUAGAGGGUGAUUUAUACUAUGCACAGUUGAGGGGGUUCCUACAGGAUCAAUAUGCACAGAAAACUGCUGUCAUUACAUGGCUCAUUCCCAUGGUUCCCAAACCAUCACACUUUGAUCCGGCUCUAUUUUUACCAGGGCCAGAGGAAGACACUCCUAGGCCCAUGGAAUGUAUGGAGUUUGUCUGCAGAGCACCAACAGAACUUUUUAAAGCAAGAAGAGAGCACCCACCAUUUGUGGUUCCACGGCAACCUGACCUUAAUGACUUAGCAACAGCAGCAGAACAGCUUCUUCAAAAUGAACAAUCCUCGACAACUUCAAUUUAGCACUCCAUUUUUUUAACAGUCAUUUUCCUUGUUUGAUCUCUAAACCUCCCAUGGUGAUGUCAAGCCCAUCUUUACCACUUGCAGUGAUGGAAGCAUGCAGAACAUGUGACUUGUACAUUGUACUGAACGACUAGUGUAUGGCGAAAUGUGAUAUGUUAUUCAAAAGAAGUGCUUUUAUUCAAGAGACUCUUGUAACUCGUUCAACAAUGCCUUGAGAGAAACAUGUACAUUCAAACAAGAGCUGGAAUAAAAUAAAUAAUAAUAACAAG